AUGGCCGAGAAGCGGAGAGCGUCGCCCUGCACCAUGCUGAGCCUCAAGGCUCACGCCUUCUCCGUGGAGGCGCUGAUCGGGGCCGAGAAGCAGCAGCAGCAGCAGCCGCAGAAGCGGCGGAAGCUGGCGGGAGAGGCCGGCGAAGAGGCGGCGGCGGCCGACGAGGGCGGCAGCAGCGGCGGCGACAAAGGCUCCAGCGAAGGCGCGGACAGCGACGGCGCGGCUUUGCAGUCCAGCGCGGCCGACGGCGAGCGGAGCCGCGGCGCCCGGGCUCUGCCUAUAGGCGAAGAGAGCUUCUUGAGGGCCGCGUCGCCCCCGCUGUCCCCCGGAGGCCCCGCCAAGGCGGCGGCGGGUUCGAGGCCGGCCUCCCCUCCGCUGGCCCCGCAGGUGCCGCGGGUGGACCUGCAGGGCGCGGAGCUCUGGAAGCGGUUCCACGAGAUCGGCACCGAGAUGAUCAUCACCAAGGCGGGAAGACGGAUGUUUCCUGCAAUGAGAGUGAAAAUUUCAGGUCUAGAUCCACAUCAACAGUAUUAUAUUGCUAUGGACAUUGUCCCAGUGGAUAACAAAAGAUACAGGUAUGUUUAUCACAGCUCCAAAUGGAUGGUGGCUGGCAAUGCUGACUCACCUGUGCCUCCGCGCGUAUACAUUCACCCAGAUUCACCUGCCUCAGGAGAGACUUGGAUGAGGCAAGUCAUCAGCUUCGACAAACUGAAACUUACAAACAAUGAACUGGAUGACCAGGGCCAUAUUAUCCUCCAUUCUAUGCACAAGUACCAGCCACGUGUCCAUGUCAUUAGGAAAGACUGUGGAGAUGAUCUGUCCCCAGUCAAACCCAUUCCUUCAGGGGAGGGGGUGAAGGCAUUCUCUUUUCCUGAGACAGUUUUCACAACUGUUACAGCAUACCAGAACCAGCAGAUCACCAGACUCAAGAUUGAUAGGAAUCCAUUUGCCAAAGGAUUUAGAGACUCUGGACGUAACAGGAUGGGAUUGGAAGCUUUGGUGGAGUCUUAUGCAUUCUGGAGACCCUCACUGAGGACGCUUACAUUUGAAGAUAUACCUGGGAUUGCUAAACAAGGAAAUACUGGCUCCUCCUCUUUGCUCCAGGGAACUGGUAAUGGAGUACCGUCCACUCAUCCACAUCUUCUACCUGGGUCUCCUUGCUCUUCUCCAGCUUUCCAUCUCGGUCCCAACACCAGCCAGCUCUGCAGUCUUACUCCAGCUGACUACACAGCUUGUGCCCGUUCGGGCCUGGCCCUUAACAGAUACAGCACUUCCUUGGCUGAAACUUACAACAGGCUUACCAAUCAAACCACUGAUACCUUUGCCACCCCGAGAACUCCCUCUUACGUUGGCGUAUCAAGCAGUUCGACUGUGAACAUGUCUGUGACCGGCAGCGACAGUGAUGCCUUCAGCUGUCCACAGGCGGGCUUGUCGAUGCAGAUUUCAGGGAUGUCUCCACAGCUUCAGUAUAUCAUGCCUUCCCCAUCAGGCAACGCCUUUGCCACAAAUCAAACCCACCAGAGCUCCUACAACACUUUCAGACUGCACAGCCCUUGUGCUCUCUAUGGAUACAACUUCUCCACAUCUCCUAAAUUGGCUGCCAGUCCUGAGAAAAUUGUUUCUUCCCAAGGAAGUUUCUUAGGGUCGUCGCCAAGUGGAACCAUGACUGAUCGGCAGAUGUUGCCCCCUGUGGAAGGAGUGCACUUACUUAGCGGUGGGGGGCAGCAGAAUUUCUUUGACUCUAGGACCCUAGGAAGCUUAACACUGCCAUCAUCUCAAGUAUCUGCACAUAUGGUUUGAU